GUGGAUGUAAGCUCCACGAGUGUUCGAAGAGGGGGAGAAAAUGAAAAGAACCUAAACACACACAGCUGGGGUUUAUGAAUGAAAGAGGCCCUAACAGCCGCCACCGUAACCGUUUCUCGCCACCCUUACAACAACCGUGGUGGUGGCUUUUCAUGGCCUCAGUCCUCUUCACACCAAGUCAAUGACCCUCUCUCUCAUCUCUUCACCACCAUUCUUCUCAAAAACCUUAACCCGUCUCAAACCAUUUCUCUCCCUUUUCUCAACACUCCCCCAUAACAACAACAUAGCUCAUUCUCAACACCACACCGCCGGUAACAGCCGUUUACGUUCCGCGGUUACUCAGCCCGAGUUGUUCUUCCGAGUUCUCAACUCAGUUAAACACCGACCACUCGUCGCGCUUAGAUUCUUCCGUUGGGCGGAGAAGCAUCCUGACUUUAACCGAUCUGGAUCGGCUUAUGUUGAGAUUUUAGAUAUUCUCGCUAGAAAUGGGUUUAUGAGAGGUGCUUAUUGGGUUAUGGAGAAGGCGAUUGAAGCUAAAAUCGACGGCGUCGUUUUGGAUGUUUUGGUUGGAGGCAGUGGCGAGGGUUCGGGUUCGGGUUCCGAGGUAGUGUCUGUUAAGCUUCUUGAUUUAUUACUUUGGGUUUUUGCGAAGAAAUCAGUGUUAGAGAAGUGUUUGUUGAUUUUUUAUAAAAUGAUUCAUAAUGGAUUGUUGCCUGAUGUUAGGAAUUGUAAUAGGGUUCUUAAAUUGCUUAGAGAUAGGAGUAUGGUGAAUGAGGCUAAGGAAGUCUAUAAUGUAAUGGUUGAGUGUGGGAUUCAGCCUACAAUUGUUACGUAUAAUACUCUGUUGGAUUCGUUUUGUAAACACGGGGAAGUUGAACAAGCGAUGGAGUUGUUGUUUAUGAUGCGGAAAAUUGGGUGUGAUCCGAAUGAGGUUAGUUAUAAUGUUUUGGUGAAUGGUUUGUCGAGGAAAGGGGAUUUUGACCGGGUGAAGGAGUUGAUGGAGGAGAUGUUGAAGUUAGGACUUAAGGUUUCGGCUUAUACGUAUAACCCUUUGAUUCGUGCGUAUUGUAAGGAGGGGAUGCUCGAGGAAGCUAGUGAUGUUGAGGAGGAGAUGUUGCGGAGAGGAGCUUUGCCUACGGUGGCGACGUACAAUACAGUCAUGUAUGGUCUUUGCAGGUUGGGAAAAGUGAUUGAUGCGAGAAAGUUGUUGGAUGUUAUGGUAAGUAGGAAUUUGAUGCCUGACUUAGUUUCGUAUAACACACUAAUUUAUGGUUAUAGCAGAUUGGGAAAUUUAGGGGAGGCUUUUCUGUUGUUUGUUGAGUUAAGAUACAAAAAUCUUGUUCCAAGUGUUGUGACCUAUAACACACUUAUAGACGGUGUUUGCCGAUUGGGGGACUUGGAUAUUGCCAAGAGGAUGAAAGAUGAUAUGAUUAGACAUGGACCUUUUCCUGAUGUCUUCACUUUUACGAUUCUUGUUAGGGGAUUUUGUAAGGUGGGGAACUUGGCAACGGCUAAGGAAUUGUUCGAUGAAAUGCUGCAUAGAGGAUUGCAGCCUGACCGUUAUGCAUACACGACUCGGAUAGUUGGUGAACUCAAGCUUGGUGACCCAUCAAAGGCUUUUGGCAUGCAGGAAGAAAUGCUAGCCAAAGGCUUUCCGCCUGAUUUAAUCACAUAUAAUGUCUUCAUUAAUGGGCUCUAUAAAUUGGGAAAUUUGGAUGAAGCAAAUGAACUCGUACAGAAAAUGCUCCGCAAUGGAGUUGUUCCGGAUCAUGUGACAUAUACUAGCAUCAUCCAUGCUCACUUGAUGUCCGGGCAUCUUCGGAAGGCUAGAGUGGUGUUCUAUGAUAUGUUGAAGAAAGGAAUAUCUCCUUCUGUUGUGACUUACACAGUUUUGAUUCAUUCAUAUGCUGUUAGGGGAAGGCUGGAUCUUGCUAUUAUGUACUUCUUUGAGAUGCAAGACAAGGGUGUUAAUCCAAAUGUGAUCACAUACAAUGCUUUGAUCAAUGGACUUUGCAAAGAGAGAAAAAUGGAUCAUGCAUACAAUUUUCUUGCGGAAAUGGAAUCAAAGGGUGUUUCUGCAAAUAAGUAUACAUACACUAUUUUGAUAAAUGAGAACUGCAACUUAGGCCAUUGGCAGGAAGCUUUGAGAUUGUACAAAGAUAUGCUAGAUAAGGAAAUAGAGCCUGAUUCUUGCACACAUAGUGCACUAUUGAAGCAUCUAAGCAAAGACUAUAAAUUGCACGCAGUUCAGCAUCUUGAGAAUGUAAUUAGAGGGGGGUGAAUAAGCUUAUGACGAAAGACCAAGAAAUGAUUAUUUAUUGUUUCCAUUUUGGCAUUCCCACAUGGCAAAUGAGUAAACAUGAUCCCUUCAUUUGGUUGGGUUUUGCCUCAUAAAGGUGUAAGCUUGCCAUGAUGUGACCGUCAGAUCGUGUACAUUUUUCUCUGAUACGGAUAAAGAUGCCAAUGGUUGUUUCCAAUGAUUAAUAUGGGCAAACUCCAACUAAUUUUGAGGCUUUUCACAUGAUAUAUUUGUGACCAGGUAAUACCUGGAAGAGUGUAGACUUUAUUCAUUGAGUUUCAAAGAUAUGGCACUACACGUCAAAGGCAAGUAGUAUACAGAUGAAGCAUAAUCCUCUAUCAAGAUAUUUCAAAGAAUUCUAUCACAUAAUCAUACCCCAUUUUUUAUUCAUUUUUCUUAGUCUUUUGAUUGGAAAGGGAUUUUUUUGACACAGUGGGUGCUUAUUCUUUGCAUCAUAAUUGUGAUUAUUAUUUUUAAGUCAAGUGGUACACAUUUUUUACACCACAACUUGUAUACGGAAUGGAAAAUAAAAGGUUUGAUCUCUUAUGUACAACAGUACUAAGUGGUCAUUGACUGCAGAAAAACUGAGUAUUGUAUCCUGUUAUUCACUUACAUUUUGUUUGUUAGUUAAUAUAUUUCACCAGUUAGAUGCUACCCAUAUCUUACGCCCCGUUUAAUAAAUGUUUUAAAAUUUAGAAAAGAAAAAAACUAGUUUGAUUUUUUCUAUUGUGUUUGUUUCUAUUAGCUGGAUCUCUCAUUGGAUGAAGAUGACUUUUUAUCCCUUUGUUUUAGACUGUUACUUAUGUUCAUAUGGUGAAGAUGGCUCUCAUUCGGCCAAGAUGUCCCUUUAUCCCUUUUUUGAUGCAUAACUAAAUACUCUAGGUUGAUAGUGGGUCUGUUUGGAUGAGAUUUUGUGUUUUUCUGCCUAAGAUGAUGCAAUGUGCUUGAAAAUUUUUACGUUGAUUCAUGAGUGAGAAUGCUAUGCAAUAUUUGUGUGAAGAUGCUAUGUAUGCAUAUUAUAUUAUAGGUUCCUUGAUGGUGUGUUGUUGAUGAGGCUAUCAAGAGUCGGGGUUUUUCUUCUUCUUUUUUGUCUCGGUAGAUCAUAAUAUAUAUUGUGCGUCCACUCAGGUCAUGAAUAUAAAAUGACAAUAGAAUAUUUUUACACUCUCAAUCAAUAUUUUUAAUUUCAACAUACUGAUAUGCAUAACAAAUAUAAAGUUUUUUUUUAUUGAUUGUGAUAAUAAUGAAAAUAAUAAAUUUUAAAUAAAAAAAAUUCUUUCAAUAUUGUACUUAAGUAGUAUUUGCCUU